AGGCUAAACAGCAAAAUGAAUGCAUCCUUCAUCUAGCCCUCCACACACAGCGUCAGCACAGCAAACUUGGGAACAGAACAUUUGUCUGACUCGAAAGCCCAGGUCUUAGCGGGUUGCCUAUACUUAGCAUAUAAGGAUUCAAGGAUGAAGACCUUAUUCUUGAGCUCUAAAGAAACAUACUAUUAUACUGAGGCACGUCUAAUAUUUCAACAAAGCCACACUUGUGGAAAAACAUAUUCAGAAAGGUAGAACAGUUUCAGAGAACUGUGGCCAGAAAAAAAAACAACUCCGGAGAACAUUUGGAGCUACAGAAAACAUCUGGAAAGCCAAAGAUGAACCUACUUGAGACAGCAAAAUCAGGGUUUCUAGUCUGCAUUGUGGUUUGCAUUUUCGUCUUUGGUGUUUUCUAUCUACGGAAUAAAAUCUUCAAGGAAGACAAGGAAAAACUCAUCUCGAAAGAGUGUGGUUUUUAUCCAGAUGAACUUUGCUCAGCCCUUUUUGAUGGGAAAGGAGCUGCUUUUCAAAUUGGCCAGCGGUGCCAAGAGGCUUUAGGGGGAAAAGAAAUGUCUACUUGCAUACAAACACCGUGCAACUGCUCUACACUGCAGAAGAAGCUCCACUUCAUUACAAGGCCACUGUCAGAAGAAGAAAGGAACUUUUCCUUGGCGUACAUCAUCACCAUUCACAAGGAGUUGGAUAUGUUUAUAAAACUACUCAGAGCCAUUUACAUGCCUCAGAACGUUUACUGUAUACAUAUUGAUGAGAAAUCAUCAGAGGGUUUUAAGCAAGCUGUCCAAAGCUUGGUCAACUGCUUUGAAAACAUUUUUAUUGCUUCAAAGACAGAAAAAGUUGUCUACGCAGGAUUUUCCAGAUUGCAAGCAGAUAUCAACUGCAUGAAGGACCUGAUUCAUUCAAAUCAUCAAUGGAACUACGUUAUUAAUCUAUGUGGUCAGGAUUAUCCCAUCAAAACUAACAAGGAACUUAUACACUAUAUUAAAAGUAAAUGGAACGGUAAAAAUAUAACUCCGGGAAUUGUUCAGCCACCUCAUAUGAAACCCAGAACUUAUUUCGGUUACCAAGAAUUUGUACGUUCAGGAAAAUCGUAUGUCUAUCCAACUAAUAAUGUGAAAAGUGAACCACCCCACAAUUUGACCAUAUAUUUUGGGACUGCAUACUAUGUACUCACAAGAAAAUUUGUAGAGUUUACCUUGACUGAUGAACGUGCAAAAGAUUUGCUUGAAUGGUCAAGAGACACCUACAGUCCAGAUGAGCAUUACUGGGUCACCCUGAACCACAUACCAGAUGCUCCUGGUGCUACUCUAAACACAACUUGGCAAGGAAAUAUACGAGCAAUCAAGUGGAGAAAUCAAGAAGGAGAAGUCCACAAUGGCUGCAAAGGACAUUAUGUCAGAGAAAUUUGCAUCUAUGGACUUGGAGACUUAGAGUGGCUUAUUAAUUCUCCUCAUUUAUUUGCCAACAAAUUUGAGCCAGCAACAUACCCACUUGUCAUGGAGUGUCUAGAAAGGUAUUACAGAACAAAGUUGCUCCAGCAAGCUGAAGUUCCUUUGGAAACACACUGGCAUUUGGAAGAAUAGACUGCUCUGCACAUCUGGACUAACCAUAAUCUCUAUGGAGGGCAAAGCAGAACCAAAAACAUGAUACAUUUCAAAAUGUAUGUUCCAAAGAUGGAUACUGCAUCAUAAGUAUUGAGCAUCUUGGACCUGAGAACAGAAAGCAACUUUCUGAACAUGAAGAUUCAAUAUGCACAGUUCUAGUGUCUUUACAAACAUUAACUUCUCUGGGCCUGCUUUUUUUUUCCUUUUGUCUUACACAAUUGCUCUGAAACACAUAAUUGGUGUAUAUUGUUUAGAUACUUAGACAAUAGUUUCUAGUCGUUGUUUAGCAACUGCUGGCAGUUAUGAAGAUGAUGUAAAAGUAACUCUAUGACCAAUCCUUGCAUUUACAACUGGUUGGCAGCCUGCCAGCACUUAUGAUUGGCCACAGAUUGCAAGUUUGUAAAGCAAAGAAAAACUGCAGUAAGAUCAUAAGCACAAUAGAAAUUUACUUAACGACUGCUUUGCUUAACAACCGUGUUGUGGUCAAUAAACAAGGAUGAGAGAAUACCUCGUCUAUUAGAAAUCUCUUUCUAAUAGAAUGCUUGCUCUUUUAAAUGAACUAUUUAAAAAUAGCAUCCUGGCUUAAGUCUCUGAAGUUAAAUGCGGCUAAAUGAAUCAUGACUUACUUGUCCCAUUUAGUCCAAUAAGUCUGUUUUAAGCAUAUCUAAAUAUAAUUCAUACAUUAUUUAUCUUUUUUAACAUCAUUUUUCCACGUGCAACUUUAUGUAAAAGUUAACUAAUAAAUUACUGAAUAAAAAGGUCAUAGAAUUAAUCAAAAUUUUCUGUCAUUUGGUAAUACUGUUCCUUCCAUUCAGUCCAACCUAAUAAAGCU